AUGGCCACUAGUCUUGCAGAGAGAAACCAAGGGCAACUCCCUUCAAUGCCUGAUCCUAAAGAGAUUGUGAAUGUUAUUAUCGUGCGGAGUGGGCAUGGGUAUGAAGGCCCUUCUAUGCCUGUUGAUGAUGAUUCUAGAGUGUCUACUAGUGAUCUGAUUAAGAAAGUAGCUAAGGAGGUAAUCACAGAGAAGACAGUAGCUGAAAAGGUAGCCCAUGAGAAAGAGGUUGCACAUAAGGUUAAGAAGGGGACAAAGAUUCAAGUAACUGUUCCUUUUGCUGAGUUAAUUUUACAAGUUCCUGCCUAUGCUAAAUUUAUGAAAGGUAUAUUGACCAGGAAAUGUGCUUUUUGUGAGGUUGAGACUGUAGCCUUUACUGAAGAGUAUAGUGCUUUAUUGCAAAAUAAGUCUCCACGUAAGCUUAAGGACCCCGGAAGUUUUUCUAUUCCUUGUGCUAGGGUGUGUGUCAUGCUCUUCUUUGUCUUUGCAAAAUUAAACACGGGUGAGUUGAAAGUUACUAAUAUUACUCAACAAAUGACCGACGAUUCUGUAAAAUACCCAUUAGGUGUUUUAGAAGAUGUUACCGUUAGAGUAGGUAAAUUUUACAUACGUGUGGAUUAUGUUGUGCUGGAUAUGCAAGAGGAUACUCAAAUUCCCAUGAUUCUAUGUAGACCCUUCCUUCAUAUUGCGGGGGCGAUUAUUGAUGUAAAAAGUGGGAAAUUGACUUUAUCUGUGGGGGAUGAUAAGGUGCAUAUUGUUCGGGGAUCGAAUUACUGGUUUCAAAGGGCGGUCAAGGAAAGUCAAUUGUUUAAAAGAACAGUGAGCAACCAAUGCACCUCUCCUCCCUAUACUACACCACCCUCUCCUUAA